CCACGAGCACAGCAGCAGUUGCAUGGGACGCUUUCUCGCGCCCCAACAAUAGAGUGGUAAGUACCAUUAUCACCGAUUAUAAUGGGGACAUUUUCCUGCGAAUAACCGUCAUUCCUCCCUCGUUACCGCGGACUGACCGUCUCUGUCGCGUGCGGGUCAAACUGACGGGGAGUUUUUAGGGUUACGAAACCUGUUGUUAGCUAAACCGGACCUGCUUUGAUGCUAAUUUCACCCAAAUCUCCCCCUGAGAUUCCCUUUGGAAAAAAGUGCCUGGAUUCUUCUCCGCCGCCGCCUCUUCCACCAGGAGUACAUUUGAUAUCAGAGACAGUACAAUCAUGGAUCCGACCCGGGGAUUUAAAUUCUUGGACACGGUGGCAUGCUCCGCUGCUCAGUGAGGAUGGAAAGGACAUAAGAGGGAUUAAAACCAACGUAUCAGGUAGUGGUGUCGCAGCAGAAGGAUGCCGCUGGUGAAGCGCACCAUCGAGCCCAGGCACCUGUGCCACACGGUGCUGCCAAGGAACAUCAAGAAUGAGCUGGAGUGUGUGACUAACAUCUCCUUGGCCAACGUCAUACGCCAGCUCAGCAGCCUCAGUAAAUAUGCAGAAGACCUGUUUGGAGAACUGUUCAAUGAGGCCCACACCUUCUCUUUCCGGGUCAACUCCCUGCAAGAGCGCGUGGACCGCCUCUCCAUCAGCGUCACACAGCUGGACCCCAAAGAAGAGGAACUGUCUCUUCAGGACAUUACCAUGAGGAAGGCUUUCAGGAGUUCAACCAUUCAGGACCAGCAGCUGUUUGACCGCAAGUCGCUGCCCGUCCCACUGCAGGAGACCUUCCAGACAUGCGAGCAACCACCACCCCUGAACAUCCUCACGCCCUACAGGGACGAUGGAAAAGAGGGUCUGAAGUUCUACACCAAUCCAUCCUACUUCUUCGACCUGUGGAGGGAGAAGAUGCUGCAGGACACAGAGGACAAGAGGAAGGAGAGGCGGAAACAGAAGCUGGAAAUGCCUUAUCUUGUGUGUCCCAAUGGCCUCAUAAGAGUCCUCUCUGAAACCCCUCCUCCCUUCCUCAGUCCCCCAGAGUUGCAGGACCCCCGCAUGUAUGAUCAGGUCUAUAGGUACUUAGACCUUCCAGGGCAGCUGAAAGCGAUAGACCGUCCGCAGGAGCCGGAGAAGAUACCGCGGGCGCCUCACGAUCGUAAAAAGGAGUGGCAGAAACUGGCACUGGGCGCAGAGCUCGCCCAGGAUAUACCCGACGACAAACACAGAGAGGCCAACGGAUCUGCAGGUUACCACGACAACAGGGCUCCCUUGUACAUGGAACAUUUGGACGGGCCCUUCUCGCUGGCGGCGCUGCCCUACAGCCAGAUGAACGAGCUGCUGAACCGCACCGGGGACAGAAUGUAUUCGCGGCCCCACGACCCUCCACCGCCUCCACCCCUCAUGCACCCACUGGGAGAGAUCAAGCCACCCUCUGUGAUCAGUUCCAGUUCAGGUUUUUCCGACAGCAGACCCCAGUCUCCAGCACGGACAGCAGGGCUCAACUCCAACACUCCUCCUCCACCGCCUCCCCCUCUUCCCCCUCCGCCUCCCCCGUUACCCUCCUCAGGCCUGCGGGGUACCCCUCCGCCUCCCAUUCCUCCUCUACCAGUCCAGCAGCAGCCCCCGGCCAUCCCGCCUCCCCCCGCCCCUCUCCAGAUCGCCCCCGGGGUGCUGCACCCGGCCCCUCCACCCGUGGCGCCUCCCCUCCACUCCUCACCGGCCCGUCUCCAGCAGGUCCUGGACAGGGGCCCACCCAUGGGCUCUGGGACCCAGUCGGACGGCAGCAUCCUGCCUCCUCCCCCGCCGCCUCCUCCUCUGCCCCUCACCGGAGCGCGGAGCUCCUCGCCCUGUCCAUCAGGCCCGCCACCUGUGCCGGCCUUCCCCUCAGCAGGAGCCAUGGCCUCCCCGCCGCCCCACACCCUCCACGACUUGGGGAGCAAGAGGCACCAUCCAGCCAAUCUGCCACCCAUCAGCGAUGCUCGCAGUGUCCUGUUGGAAGCUAUCAGAAAAGGCAUACAGCUGCGGAAAGUGGAGGAGCAGCGAGAGCAGGAGGCUAAGCACGAGCGUGUCGGCAAUGACGUGGCCACCAUCCUCUCACGCCGCAUCGCUGUGGAGUACUCUGACUCCGAGGACGAGUCUGAGUUUGACGAAGGAGACUGGAUGGAGUGAUGGCGAUCAGGCAGAGGACAAAUGUGUUCAGGUGCCCCCCCCCCCCGACCAACCC